AUGAGGCAGGCCACAAAGAAAAGGAAGGAGGUGAACGAAGAAGCAGUGGUCAACGACGUUGAGGGAAAUGAGUCAGGUACUACAAUUUGCAAGGGAAUCAUAAGAUAUCAUAGAGGGUGUCGACCAGCUCACUACAUGCUUCAGAUUCAGUCAUAUUCAGUACUGGCGGCCAGUAAGGUUGAACGAUAUGAAUCUGAUGUAUUUCAAGCUGGGGUUUAUAAUUGGAGGAUGAUUUUGUAUCUUCAUGGAAAGAGGGAAGCCAACAAGGAUCGUCAUAUCUCUCUGUACUUAGAGUUCGCUGAAUCACAAAAUGAACUCCCAGUUGAUUGGGAAGUCUGGGCUCAUUUUAAAUUCUUUAUACAUGAUCAGAUAAAUGACAAGUACAUGGUCAUUCAAGAUGCUCAGAAUCAGUUGGAAAGAUUUUGUUCAGACAAGACUGAGUGUGGUUUUGAUGAAUUGCUUUUGCUGGAUGCAUUCAGAGACCCUAAUAAUGGAUUUCUUAUUGGUGAUUCAUGUGCAUUUGGGGCUGAGAUUUUCGUAGCAGAAUGUUCUGCUAAAAGGGAAUGUGUUUCCACAAUUUUAAAGCCUCCAGAAAAUGGUACUUAUACAUGGAAAUUAAACAGCUUCUCACAAAUUAAGGCGGGUCAUUGUAAUUUUUGUAACUCUGAAUCUUUCACUGUUGGAGGGAAAAAAUGGUUGUUGAGAGUUUAUCCUAAAGGUGCAAAGGGUUGCAGUGAUGAAUAUCUCUCCAUUUUUCUUGUUUUCAAUGAACGUGGGGGGAUGUCAGAAAAGAGGUGUUAUGCUGAGUUCACACUGCGUGUUAAGAAUCAGUUAACUACAUUGAGAAAUUUUACAGUGAAUGGUGAGAAGUGGUUCAGUGGGAGGGACAAUUCAUGGGGAUCAAACGACUUCAUGAAGCUUAAGGAUCUUAAAGAUACAAAGAAGGGGUACUAUGUGAACGACACUGUCAUUAUUGAAUGUCAGAUUUGA